UCGGGGCCGAUUCUUGGAGGAGGAGUUUCGUUAUUUCGUUUUUAGAGCCUCCUUUAAUACAAAGCAAUAGCUAACUGCCCAUCUAAAUGGCGGCUUCGUAAUUUUGAUUUCGCACCUUUUCAAGUUCUGUAACUGUUGUUAACAAUAUUUGGAACUUCGCCAUGUUAACCCUAUCCGAGUCUUAGGAACACCGACCAAAAUGUUUUUCUUAUCAGACUGCAUUGAAUUCAUAUGGUAAUUUCAUCACCUGAUAGCUUGAUAGCUUGGAACUGACUCAAGUUUCUGAAACUUAGCUGCCAACAAGUGUGUGAUCCUUGUGGAUAUUUCACUUAUUAAAAGUAUAAUCUAAAUGGCAGAAAGUACUAGUGUAGCUCAUUUAGAGCAAGAUCUCAAAAAAUUACUGGGUAUUACUUCAAGUGCCAAUGUCCCAACACCAUCACAGUCAGCACAAAAUUCGGCUUGUCGAAGAAACCGGAAGGUUGUUUCUCAGCCUGAAAAAUCAGAUACUUCAGCAACCAAAAUUAUAACUAAGGUUUCUAGAGGAAAAAAUAGUGAGUCAACUCCAGACAAAGGACCCCAAAAGCCUCUGGCUAACCAAAGAAAAGAAGUUUCUCACAGCGAAACUUCUUCUAGCACCAAACCUAUUGAAAAGUCUGUAAAAGGAGAAAAUGCAUCAGCAAAUCUAAAGGAUGAUAGUGCACAAGAAAAAAAGAACAAUGUUGCACAAAAACAUCCAUCAAGACAACAAAUUCCAAAUGAGUCAACCUCCAUUUCAGGUUUCAUGCGUGACCGUCGUUGGCAUCAAGAUGACCAAACUACGAAGAAAGACGAGAGAGUCUUAAGCAGUAAUGGAGAAGAAAUUCCACAGAAUUGGCGCCAACCACCUAAAAAAAUUAGCCAAGUAUCUCGCAAGGUGACGCCUAAGGAGAGUAACUCAUCUGCAGGUGAGCAGAAUAGCAGCAAACGUGCAAACCUGUCAGAAGCUACUGUGGCCGACAACGUGAACGAUGUGUCGGAAGGAACAACAAAAAGCGGUAUGAAAGAUGAUAGACGACAAAAAGGAGCGGGGGCCAAGGCCAGGACCACUGAAAAAUUUCGUGUUAAGAAGGAUGCUUUAAAAAAAGAACGUAAUGAAUUAACUUCUCGUUUGAUCUUAGAAUAUAAAGAAGUUCCCAAACAUCUUUUGGAAUCCAACUACCCCGUAGGAAUAGUUCCAUCUUGUCCACCUAUUGACUCGGCUGCUCUAUCCAAUGGUGAAAAAAAUGGCGCGGGACCUGUCUCAAAAGAUGCUGAAAAAACCCAUCGUGAUGAACUUCCGCAAAUGACUAAUCAAGAUGGAGAAGAGGUGGUCCGAAUAGUGGUCUUGCCGACGCCACCUCAACAACAACGAAAGAAAGGAGUCAAGCGUGAGAAACAGGAAGCUCCAGGAAAGGCGGAAAAGGAUAGGUCCAGCAGUAGUUCUUCGUCUUCAAGUGAAGAGGAAAAAAGACCAAGGCCUAACACAGUCCAGCAGCCUCUGAUAUUCAAUAUACACAGACCUGAAUUGGAGAUAUUCCGCAGAAGGGGUGUUCUCCCACUGAAGCACAUUAGCCCGAAAUUUCCCAGGGCCAUUUUUCACUGUCGGUUAUGCAGUUUUCACAUCAGCAGCAUACCAGAAGUGUACCGUCACACCAAAGACGACCGACACGUUCGACUUCAGAAGCAAGAAAUGAACCGCCAAACAGCGUCGUUGAUGCCUUUACCAACCCCUGAAAUCGCCGAUGUCAUUGAGCAGUUCGUCGAAAAUAUAUACCACUGUUCUGGUCUAACCAAAGGGGAUCUGAAAAUCCGUAAAUCUGCUACAGAGUUCCUAAAAAACAUGAUAGAAAUGGCUUUUCCAGGAUUUACUAUAAGGCCCUAUGGUUCUAUCAUCACAGAGCUUGGACUUCGAGCUUCAGACGUCAAUGUUGGUUUGUUAGAAAUCUCUCCUGAUACGAAGAAGGACGGAUUAAUUAUCAUUCAAGUUCUGUCCUGGCUGCGAGGUCCCGCAUCUAACACGUUCCGACACAUCAGCGACGAUUUGAAUUGUCGAACGCCCGUCAUCCACUUUCGAUACGAGCAAAUGGGCAUCACGUUCGCUAUGGUUGUUGAAAGCGAAAAUGCCUAUAAAACAACUCUUCUUUUGCAACAAUAUCGGGACAUAGAUCCACGUUUUGCGGUGCUAACCGUAGCGUUUCGCACCUUCGCUCGUAUUUGCUCUCUCGACCAACCGGAAUUGGGCUCUUUGCCUUCGCAUGCUUUUACCCUCAUGGUCCUGUACUAUUUGCAACAAGACCGUGUUUUACCCGUUUUACACCAACUGAAAAAAAGUGACAGGGAAGACGACUAUAUGACUGCUGCCGAGUUUCUUCAAAUGAAGAAAAGAGGCGAAUGGGUACCCAAGGAUUUGACUCUAGCCCAUCUCUGGUUGGGCCUUUUGAAAUUUUAUGCCUACACUUUCACGAACAACGAGCAUGCCGUCUGUGUCCGCUCUAUUGAGCCAUUGUUGCGUUCAACAAAAAAUUGGGGCAAUCGUCGUAUCGCUAUUGAAGAUCCAUUUCAUUGCAAUGUCAAUAUGGGCGCAUUUAUGUCGACCGCUCAAGCAUUUGAAUUUUUCAUUGAUUGUAUACGCAACAUAUUUCAUUACUUUUGGGUCCCACAAACUGCCAAUGGACCGCUGUUUGUCCAUUUACUGUUGCCUGGUGAAAUCAACAUCGAUGAUCCCCUACAGUGUACUCCGGCGGAAGCUGUAAGAAGAAUGACAGCGUUGAAAAAAGAAGAUGUCAAAUGGGAUUUUCAACCAGAAAAAAUCUUACUUUCGAAACGUCUGCCAGUUAUUUGCACUGUUUGCGGUGCUGAUGGACACACGAAACAAAAGUGCACCGAGCUGGAAGUGCCGGACGUUGGCUUCAUACCGCCACCGGAUUUCAGUUAUUUUGCUCUCUUAGACAACGUCUGCUGGAAUAUCUUUCGCAACUUUGCUCAAAGGGAGGUGGAUACCGCCAAUAGGAAAACUAUCCAAAAAGAGCUUGAAACGCAUAUUCGCGGUGACUAUCCGGAUGCUGUCCUGUCCAUGUUUGGAUCAUCGUGCAAUGGUUUUGGAUUCGCUGAUAGUGACGUGGACCUUUGUUUGACAUUCGAUUCCAACGAAGACGGCAAAGGCAUAGAUUUCGUGGCGGUCGUCAAAAAGUUGGCCAACAGUUUAAGACGUAAUCGUUUCUUUUGCGACAUUAUUCCCAUAUCAUCAGCGAAGGUUCCCAUCGUUAAAUUGCGUCACAGACCAACAGGUUUGGAGUCGGACAUUUCGUUGUAUAAUCAACUUGGUCGGCGGAAUUCACAACUUCUCGCAACCUAUUGCGCGAUUGACUCGCGCGUUCGGAUCCUGGGUUACAUGACAAAAUUAUUAGCCAAACAAUGCGAAAUUGGUGAUGCUUCCCGCGGCUCGCUCUCUUCUUAUGCAUACACUUUAAUGGUCAUUCAUUACUUGCAACAAGUCACACCGCCUGUUAUCCCCGUUCUCCAAGAGAUCAAGUUUGAGGGCCCCGACAGGGAAAAGUACAUUGUCGAAGGAUGGGAUACGUGGUUUUUUGAAAAUGCUGAAGAUUUGGGAAGAGUGUGGCCGCAUCAUGGUACCAACCGCGAACCACCCUCAACAUUGUGGCUUGGAUUUUUACUUUAUUAUGCCAAAUUAUUCGAUUAUCGCUUGCAAGUUGUCUCUAUCCGACAGCUAAAACCGCUUUUCAGGCUUGAAAAGAUGUGGACUGAUCGUCCAAUCGCAAUCGAAGACCCCUUUGACUUGAGUCACAAUCUGGGAUCGGGAGUAUCGCUUCGCAUGGGUGCUUACAUCCGUCGGGUAUUCGUGACCGCUCGGAGGUUUUUUCAGACUCCCGUCAGAGCACUGCCCCCUCAUUUUUCGUCCUUGGAGGAAUAUCUGUUCAACCCCAAAGUGCUGAUUGCCACCGGACCACCACCAAACGAUCGUGGAUGUUUAAUUUGUGGCAAAGUUGGACACAAGGCCAAAGAAUGUGAUAACAGGGGAAAGAGGAACAGGGGUCAAGAUCAAAACCCUCCCCUGCCAAGAGAUAAUCCGCAGAAUGCGGCACAGGAAGUACAUAACAGAAAUGUGCCUCAGCAAACAAUGAAUCGUGACAGAGGUCCUCACCAGAUGAACCGAUACAGACCUCAAGGAUUUCAUCAGAUGAACCGUGAUAGAGGAGGACCAGUACAACAGCAUCAGCAGGCCAAUAGGCAUAGACCUGUUCGACCAAACCAUAGACCUGGGAUGCCCCAAAACAGCGGGGAACGAAUCUUUACGGCUAGACGACCAACUGCAGAUCCCAAUCAGCCAUAAUUAGGCGUAUUAGGUUGGUUUUGAUGAAGAAAAAAACCCUAAGAUUUUAGACGGAGAUAAAUUCUACGGAAAUUCUGUAAUUUGGUUUCUUCUUUUUUUACAAUUGAAAAAGAGAAACCCUAUUUUUCUUUUUUUUACAUUAUGGUUUAAAAUUUUUCUUGACAGCUGUCACUUAACACACCGAACGUUUGCUACCGUUUUCGAAAUUGUUGAUGAAUAUGAUUCUUUUCAAUUGUAAAUACUUUUUUAAUACAUUGGGGUAUGACCGACCUGCCCAUAUCGUGGCAGAGUCUAAUUACAA